AUGGCCGAGCGCAGGGCCGGCACCAAGAGCCGGCGCCUGGGCUCCAGCCGCCGCAGGCAGCUCCGGGAGGGCGCUGCCGAGGCACCCGUGGUGCAACCCGGCCCCGGGGAGGACCCGCUGUGGGCAUCCCAAGUAGUGCAGAGGGCGCAGGACUUCCUCAGGGAGCAGGACAAGGACCAGAGAGGGUUUGUCACCCGCUCAGACGUGCAGGAUGCAGCGUCCCAGAGGGUCCCCUUGGCCCCCCCCAGCCCAGCGCUGGAGGGGGUGGGCAGUGAGGAGCAGAGACACUUUGCUGCCUUCAUGGACCAGCUGGGCAUGGACAGCGCCUCUGAAGUGCAGGAGAUGUGGCAGCUGUGGGUGAAGCUGCGGCAGGACGAGCCUCAGCUCCUGGGCAGCCUGGAGGACUUCCUGGCCACCAUGGGGAGCCGCAUCCAAGAAGCCAAGAGCAAGAAGGAGGCUUUGGAGGUGACCCUGAACAAGCAUGUGGCUGAACACGACCAGAAGGUGCAGCAGCUCUGCGAGACCCUGGAGCGGCAGAUGGAGCAGGAACGGCAGCGGCUGGAGCAGGAGAGCGCGGCCCGGAGCCAGCAGCGCAGGAUGGAGCUGCAGCGAGCGCUGGACGCCAGCGAGAGGGAGGUGCAGAGCUUGGUCACGGCGCAGAGGGAGCUGGAGGCGCGGUGCCACAGGCUGCGCAGCACACAACAAGCUGCCAGUGCUGAAAACCAGCAGCUGCAGGAGACCAACCGGGUGCUGGAGGACCACCUGCAGCACCUCCAGCAGCAGCUGCAGCAGACCCACAGGAACCUGCAGGCAACAAGGGCUGCAGUGGCUUGGGAGCGUGUGGAGGAGCCUGGGGACAGAGCAGUGCCAGAGCUGCCCAGUGAGAUGCCAGCGUCCCCACAGAUGAGUCUGGAGAAGCAGCGCUCCAAGAUGCGGCUCAGGCUGGGGUCCCGCAGCAGCAAGCCCAAAGCCAAGAGCAUUCACCAAGUAGUCUGGGAAGUGUUGCCAGCAGACAAAGGCCUUUUGGGAGCCUCGCUGGGAGCAAGCUCGGUGGAGGAGGAGCCCUUCCCAGAGCUCCUGAAAGAGGAAGGCUUCUCUGACCAGAACUCUUUGCUCAGGGAGAUGAACGAUGCCAUAGCAGCUCUGAGUGAACAUCUGAAGCUCCAGGAAGGUGGAGCAGAUGUGCAACCACUGGAAGCCCAGAACAAUGAUGCCAGGGUGCAGCUGCCUGCACAGCUGGAGGCAGAUGUGCAGCCCCCAAGAGAUGCUGGAGACCUGGGGAAGGAGCAGGCAGGGAGCUUGGCUCCAGAGGUGCAGCCACUGGAGAAGGAUGAACCAGAGUUAGGGCUGGAGGAGGAAAUGGGCACUGGUGUGGGGGACAGUGAGGGACCUUCCCCAGCAGGAUCACCUGUGGAGAGCUCAGACCUGUGUGGGCAGUCCCUGGCUAAGGCUCAGGCACUAAAACUGGUGGAGGCAGAGGAUCUGCAGGCAGACAAGCAGCUGCCUGGGGGUACCAGCCCAGAAAGCCCCCAGGGAGGGGUGUGCCAAGCAGCCAUGCAGCUCAUGGAGGAGGCUGAGGAUGGGGCACAAGGACAGAGCAAGCCUGAGCUGCCACAUGAGCCUGGGCUUGACCUGCAGUCUGCUGGAGUCAGGCAGGGAGAAGCAGCAGUUACAGAGGAGCAGCCUCUUGAGGAGGCUGAAAUCCUGCACACAUUGCAGCACCAGAGCCCUGGUGCUGAGGGGCAGCUGGCUGUGGAGAGAGGUGAGCCCAAACUGACCCCAGGAGACAGCACUGAGCCAGAUUUUCAUCCCCUGAGUGAGCUUGGCUCCCUGGGGAUGGAGCAGGAAAGGAACAGGGCUCCAGAUGAGCAGUCCCUGGAUCAGGUGCAUGAAGCAGAGCUGGUGGGAAUGAAGGCAGAGGAUGCCCAGGCAGAGAUGCAGCUGUGGGGGGAUGUCAGCUUAGAAAGCUCCCAGGGAGGAGGAGACCAUGGAGCUGUGCAUCUUGUGGAGGAGGCUGAGGACGAGACACAAGGGCAAAUACAAACCAGCGUGCUAAAGCUGGAAGCAAUGAUGCAGGAGGAUGUUCUCAUUCCAGAUGUGCAGCUGCUAGGUGCUUCGGGACAGGCAGCCCCAAGGGAGCCCCGGGAGCAGGUCUCAGCACAGGCAGGUGGGGUGAGGCCUCACACUGCUCCCCAGCGGCUGGAGGAGAAGCCGCUGCAGGUGAGGGAAGCAGAGCAGGGAGCUGCCAGCCCUGCCGAGCCUCCAGAACAAGGGAUCCCAGCAGUGCCAACCCUUCACACGAGGAUCCAGCAGAAGGAAGAUGCUGGGAACGAUCAGCUGGGGAUGGUGCUGGGGAGCAGCUCGCUGGGGGACGCAGCCCGCAGCAGCCAGCAGCCCCAGCGGCAGCUCUCGGGGGAGCAGAGCAACGACCGCAGCGCUGGCCAGCGGGGGGAGAAGCAGCAGGAGGCUGGGCACAAAGUGAGCCGGGAAGGGGAGCCCAGCCCGGGAGAGCCAGGGGCUGUGACAGCGGCUGCCCCCAGGGGUCGUCCUGAAGCCCCCCCGGACUCAGACCACCUCUACAAUGUGCUGUUUGUUGGGGACUCCCACGUGGGCAAAACAUCCUUCCUGUACCGGCUGCACGCCGACACCUUCAACCCUCAGCUGGCUGCCACAGUAGGACUGGAUUAUCAGGUCAAAACCCUCGUUGUGGACAACAUGCACUUCACUCUCCGCCUGUGGGACUCAGCAGGUCAGGAAAGGUACCGCAGUGUCACCAGGCAGUUCUUCCGCAAGGCAGACGGCGUGGUGCUGAUGUAUGACCUCACCUCCCAGUACUCCUUCCUGGACCUGCGCUACUGGCUGAGCUGUGUCCAGGAAGGAGCAGGAGCUGGAGUUGCUGUUCUGCUUCUGGGGAACAAAACCGACUGUGCUGCAGAGAGGCAGGUGCCCAGGGAGGAGGGCGAGCGCCUGGCCAAGGAGCACCAGCUCAUGUUUUAUGAAUGCAGUGCUGCCUCAGGCCACAAUGUCUCUGAGUCCAUGGCCAGCUUAGUCAGGGAGCACAAGAGCAGCUCAGCAGAGCUGGAGGAGCUGAAUGGGACAGAUGGGGUUGUAGGGAGCGAGGAGUGA